CUCAAUUUAGAUCCAGAAGUAGCUAAGAUUCAUGUUAGAAACAGUUUUUGAGGACAAAAACAAUCUGUUCAUAUCAAACUAAAUGACGAGCACUAAAACAACCAGUAGUGAUGGUAGUCAUUCAUUAUCGCCAACAUCGUUGGCAGGCACAAGAACAUUGGUGGCAGUGGCAGUAAGGGGAAGUAGUAUGGGUAGUCGACAAGCUGUUCGUUGGGCGGUUGAUAAUCUUCUUUCCAUUGCAGAUCGCUUCGUUCUUGUUCAUGUCAUGCCUCCUCUUAAUACCAUUUCAACUCCAUCGGGAAAUCGUAUCCAAAUCAGCGAAAUGGAUCCGACCAUUGUAGCUAUGUAUAGGCAAGAAGUUAAAGCAAAAUGUGAAGAAGUCUUUCUCCCAUUCAAAACAUUAUGCAGAUCAAAGGAGAUGGAGACUUUGAUUUUGGAGGAUGAAAAUCCUGCUUAUGCGCUCUUGAAGUACAUUACAAGAGCCGGUUGUAACAAUUUGGUAUUGGGUUCUUCUACUUCUUCAAACUUCGUAGGAAGGAAAUUGCAGGGUCAAGAUGUGCCAACAACACUUAUGAACUUCGUCACUACCACAUGCAAUAUAUUUGUCGUGUCAAGAACCAAAGUCAUCUCAAAGUUGAUCGAUUCCUACUCUAAUCCGGAAGACGCGGAAGAAAAUAGAAACCACGAAUUUUCAGUUACAAUUAAUAGAGAAGUAUCCACUAUUCAUCCACCUUCUGAAGCAUCAGAGUAUGGUGGUGAUGAUGACUAUUCUGCACCAGUAUCAGAAGUCUUUACAGACAUACCGUCUCGAAAAUUCACCAAUGGUGAUUCUUUCGCUGGUGCAACAGUAAAUUAUAAGCGCCAGAUGAGCCGCACAAAUGGAAAGAAGAACUUAUUGGAAUUACCUAAGGGUAACGAACACGAUUUCAUGGCUUCAGCGUUUAAGGAGUCCAAGAAGUUUGAGCUUCAAAGUGAGCUAUCCGGAUUGCAAUCUGAACUACGUCAUACGCUCGAAAUGUAUGAUAGAGCUUGUGAAGAUCUUGUACAUGUACAAAAGAAGAUUCAGUCGAUUUCUUCUGAAUGUGUUGAGGAAGCGUCAAAGACACGAGCUGCAAUUGAAAGAGUAGAAAUGUGGAAUAAAAUUGCUGAAGAGGAAAAAUCCAACUACUUAGAAACCACAAAUGAACUUGAAGUGGCAAAACAAUUGCUGUCGCAAGAAGUCCACGAAAGACAAAAGGCAGAACUGAAUGUCAUAACAACGUUUACGGAGAGACAGGUUUUGAUUGAUGCUCUUUUCUCGGGUGAUAGAAGGUAUAAGCGGUUCACUAAAGAUGAAAUAGUUGCUGCUACUGAUUCGUUCUCGGACGCUAAGGUUAUCGGUGAAGGAGGAUACGGGAAAGUUUAUAAAUGUACACUUGAUCACACACCAAUGGCUGUUAAAGUUCUUCAUCCGCAGGAGUUUCAUUCUAAGAAAGAAGAGUUCUUAACUGAGGUUGAGGUGCUUAGCCAACUAUGUCACCCACACUUGGUUUUACUGCUAGGGGGUUGUCCCGAAAUCGGUUGUCUAGUUUAUGAAUACAUGGAAAAUGGGAACCUUGAAGAACGUCUCUUUUGUGAAGGUGGAACGGAACCUCUUCCAUGGUUCAUCCGCUUCCAAAUAGCUUAUGAAGUAGCUUGUGGUCUUGCAUUCCUGCAUGGUACCAAACCGGAGCCAAUUAUUCAUCGCGACUUGAAACCAGGGAACAUUUUAUUAGGCCGUAACUACGUGAGCAAGAUUGGAGAUGUUGGGUUUGCUAAGUUUAUGACAUCUAUUGUUCCUGACAAUGUUUCCAUGUGUAGAAACUCUACUCUGGCAGGUACACUCAACUAUAUGGACCCUGAGUAUUACAGAACCGGUGUCAUUAGACCAAAAUCAGAUGUAUAUUCUUUCGGAAUAAUCGUUCUCCAAAUGUUAACCGCUCGUCCGGCAAAUGGGUUAGUAAUGAGUGUUGAAAACGCGAUUAGUUGUGGUCUUUUUGUUGAUAUUUUAGACAAGUCAAUUACAGAUUGGCCACUUCCUGAAGCACAAGAAUUAGCUUGGCUUGCAUUGCGAUGCGCAAGAUUAAGAUGCAGAGAUAGGCCUGAUCUUAGAUCUGAGAUCCUUCCUGUGCUCGAAAGGUUCUCAAAUCUUGCAAAUAUUCAGUUACAGAAGGCUGAUAAUUUUAUGCCAAGCUACUAUUUCUGUCCCAUACUUCAGGAAGUAAUGGAGGAUCCACACAUUGCAGCUGAUGGAUUUACGUAUGAGUACUCGGCAAUCCAGAAAUGGGUUGAGAAGCAAAAAGUAUCCCCUGUAACGAGAGUUAUACUCCCGCAUAUCAGAUUAACCCCAAAUCUUACUUUGAAGUCUGCGAUAGAAGAAUGGAAGCAGCAACAGGUUCAAACUGCGUAAAUGAAAACCGGUUCGAGUUGCCAUGAUUGAACUGAGAAUUCCCAUACUGUCAAUUCAAACUUUAUAUUUGCAAAUCAAGGGUGUGUUGAAAUUCCGUUUUUGUGACUUAAUUAGUGUUCUAAUCUUAUAAAAAUGAUUUGUAUUGUGAGACACUGAAAUAUAUUAUUCUGAUCUGA